AUGUCCGAAUACACUAGCCUAGGAUUUAUUGGCCUCGGGGCCAUGGGAAAGCCAAUGGCCGAACAGUUGGCCACCAAACUUCCAUCGACAACGAAAAUUACGGUGUACGAUGUAAUUGAGGGUGCUAUAACAGAGCUCGCAGAGAAGUAUCCUGGCAAGGUUGUUGCGGGGAGCUCGCCGAGAGACGUGACCGAGAACUCUCAACUCAUUUUCUCAAUGGUACCCGAAGGUGCACACGUGAGAUCUGUCUAUCUAGAUGAAAAGACCGGAGUAUGUUCCACCGACCUUGGCGUACGCAUCCUUGUCGAUUGUUCGACUAUCGACACUGCGACAAGCCUUGCAGUCAAGGAUCAUGUCAAGAUCUAUCACCCAAAAGCAUCAUUCUAUGACGCUCCUGUCAGUGGGGGUGUGAUCGGUGCCGAGAAUGGGUCUAUCGCUUUCUUCCUAGGCUGCGCAGAGACAGACCCAAACCUCGACCGCCUCACGAAGCUGCUUGAUUUGAUGGGGAAGCAAGUUAUUCCCUGUGGUCAGCCAUCUCUCGGCUUGUCGGCCAAACUUUGCAACAACUAUCUGUCUGGCCUGAUUGCGAUCGCCAAUUCGGAAGCGUUGAUCAUGGGAAUGAAAGCUGGACUGAAUCCUCGGGUUCUGUCUAGUGUUUUUGGAGCGGGUACUGCGCAAAACACUAUCUGUGACAAGUUUAAUCCUUGUCCUGGUGUAGCACCAACGGCCCCAUCGACAAAUGGCUACAAGGGUGGAUUCAAGGUCCAGCUGAUGAAAAAGGACUUUUCCCUGGCAGUUGACUUGGCCAAGCAGCAGGGAAUUGAUCUAGUUCUUGGGGCGCAAGGGUUGAAGACGUAUGAAAAUGCUUCCAAUGAUCCGAAAUGCAGGGACCUUGACUCCAGAGUAGUGUUUCGCCAUCUAGGAGGCGAUGAAGAUUGGGCGACAAAGUUUAAUUAG